AUGGAGCUCACCGGUUUGAAGAAAACGAACAUAGAAGUAAGUAUCAAAUCAUUAACUCUUUGAGCCUCAUGAUCACAUGAUCAGCAUGAAAUUGUCUAUGUAAUAUUAAUGCGUUAUGAAACAUAGUAGGCACAAGAAUUAAGGACAUGAUCACCCGAGAUGAAUGUAACUGAUUGUUAAUAUAUUUACUCUUCCCACCACAUCUGUAGGAAAAGUAUAAGGACAGGAAAUGGGCAUGCGCAUUUAACUUGAGAUGUUUUUACGCAGUUGAGAUAGCGCGCUUAAGGCUAAAUCAAGCAAAACUAACAACGAGAGAACGACGGAUUUAGCAACUGACAAUUUCACGAACAACAAACGACUGUGACAAUAGACGGAUCCAAACACACCAAUUACAUUACGAGUCUUCAAAGCCAAUAACAUCACGGCUCAACUGACAGACGACCAAUAACAUCGCGACGUAAUUGACCAAUCACGUCAAUAACCAGAGUUUAAUACCAUCAAAGGACGUGGUAUAACUCACUUUGACACUGAAGAUGACUACCGCACAGGUUGUCGAAACGUCAGUCACUGUCAACAACAACAGUCUAGUCCUAUUCAGGACUACGUUCACCUGGAAGACCAAACUCAACGUACUUUUAAAACUUAUCAACUUAGUUUGAUUGAAGUGAUCAUAAUUAAGUAACUGCAUACUGUCAUAUUGGUAGUGGUGUUAGUUAGUAGGCGGGCAACUCCCGAAACAACAUCAGCUUUAAUAUCAGUCUUAGUAAAGUCUUGGCCGAGCCAGCUAUCAUGAGGGAACAAAGGAAAUAACUAAGUAUAUAGGCUAGGAUUGAUACGAAAAACUAGCGAAUAACCAAGGCAAUUAACAAUUAUUCUUUGAAAUCGAGGUGAAUAGUGGCAAAAUAUUUACCGAGCCGCGAAAGCGGCGAGGUAAAUAUUCCCAAAGCCACUAUUCACCGAGAUUGAGAAGAAUAAUUGUUUUAGUAUAUACACACGAAGUGAUCUCAACAAAAUCAGAAAGGAAACCAUUCAAAAGUAGGAUUUGAUUGACAGAUCAAAUCACGCGUAAGUUUAAAAAUAGAUCUUUGCAGAAUUUUCAAACAUGGCAAUUCACAAGUUUACUCAUUUCGCAAACAACAGCGUAAUGGCUUCAAUGGAAUCGCUAAAAGUUUGAACUGUUUCCUUAGGGAGCGGUCAUUAACUAUUGGGGGGGGAGGGUCGGUAUUAUUUCAAAGGUUAGAGCCCAAAAAUGUUAGCCCCUCUCAGGUUAACAGCCCAAAAAUCUUGGCCCCCUUUAAAAUGUGAGCCCAAAAAAUUGUAACCCUCCCCUGUGAAAAACUUUUGAUUUUUUUACGAACGUUAUUUUGAGACAAUUAUUUCACUGGAAUAAGAAAAAAGUGUUACUAUUUUAAUACACUAUUUACAAAACCCAAUGGUUCACCAAGUAAAGGGAACCCGUACAUUAAACAGCCCCGUUGUUACUCAUUGAAUUCCUGUUUUGUAGUCAAUUUCAAGAGUGAACAAAUUGUGCGUAUUUAAUAACGGAUCAGCGAGAGCUGUCUCUAUUCAAGAGAAGUCCGCAGCUCUUGCUCGACCCCUCCAGGUCCUGCAAGUUCGGCCAUAUUAAUACAUGUAAUUAAAGAUAGUUCCAGGGUUUUAAUGUUUUAUUUUAUUUUUAUUAAAUAUAGUUGGUUUUUAUAUUUAGACCAAAAUGGGAGGUACGAAAUGAAAAAAGCAGCAGAUAUCAGUACAUACAUGUAGUACUCACACGUUCACUGUGUUUACAGUUGUAAUGUUUGUCCUUAAUUUCUACUGAUUUUUUCGCACUAUGUAGCGAUCAUGGUCGAUCAGGAUAUCAAAGGAGCGGAAAUUUUACUCGAAGGCGAAAUAUUUUGACGAAUAUUGUUAGGUGAAAUGGGCAUUGUUUGAGAAAGACAUUGAUCCAUGAUUCAUAUCAAGAGUAACUGAGAUUUCGCGAAGGUGCAGAGAUCCAAAGACAACACGAAAUCUCUGACAGCAUACGUGCUAACCAUGGCAAAGUUCCUCUAAUAAAAUGUUGCUCUUUUGAUGUGUUUUUUUUUUUUUUUUUUUUUCCUCAGGAAUGACUGUAUUUGAAGCAAGAAGGCUUUUAGAAGUAUACAAAGAGUCUCAGGAAUCCACAGCGGAAAUGACAAGUCACAAAAAUGCGGCGAAUAGACAAAAUCAAGCAAGCGUGAACAAGGAUAAAAACCUUGGCUGGAUCCCAAAUCCCCGGAAUGACAUGAGCAGAUUUUAUAACGAAGUGUACGAAUCAUUUUAUUUGGAACGGGUUGGCUAUUUUGGUGGAAACAAGAAGGCCUUUAAGAAAGCAUUCCAUGAAGAAGCGAGAAGGGAAUACGACAAUGAGAAGGCGGUAAAAAAAAUUAGAGAGCAAUUAGCGCAACUGAAAUCUGUAAAGGAUCCUUCUAAGGCUGGAUUUCUUCUAAGAGAAAACCACAUUCUCAAGCCGCAUGAUUCAACGACCAUAACGCAGAACAUGUUACACAUAAAGAGGGUCGAAACUUCAAUCGAAACUUUACAAAAAAACCUAAAGGAACACUUAGAAAGAACAAUCCAUUCAUCAGGUAGAGUUUUAACAGGACAUAAAACUGCACAUGACUUUGAUGAGCAAAAGCUAACCGAAUUGCAGGGUUUUAGAAAUGAAUUACACACUUUAAUAACUAGUCUAAGUCAGCUCCAAGAAACCUGCAAAGCAGCAUUUAAGCACCCUUUUCUGCAAUGAAAAGAAAAUCAAGAAAAAGGAAACAAAAUACCCAAAAGAGUGUGAAGCGGAAAAAGGCGAGGCAUGUGGCCAGGACGACUGAGGUCCUCAAGAAGAUUGCGCCUGAUUGGUCGGAGGGUAAGAUUUGUGAGAAGGAGGAUUUGUGCGGAGACAUCGUAAAAGAACUUGGAAAAAGAGAGCAGAAAUGGGCGGUAGCUUUGAUGUUUGAUCAGUGCGAACUUUUGAAUGACAGCGCGAAAUCAGAGCUUAGAACAAUGUUAGGGUUUUCUGAAAGUGAGAGUAGCUCUAAUGCAAGUGACGGCGAUGAAAGUAGCGACCAAGACAACCUAAGUAGCAUCAAUGACAGCAAAGACAGUGAAAGAAAUAGCGAUGACGGGGCCGAUGAUAGUGAUGUAACUGAACAAUGUCAGGAGGAGGAUUCGGGAAGUGUCUUUACUGCAGUGGAAGCAUACGACAGCAGCAGUGCAGAAGACAUUGGCCCCUACUGGAACACAAUGGAAUGCACUCCUUACUAUGAGCCCAUUGAGUAGUCGUUUAUACAUCUUCACUGGACAUUGGCAAUAUGUUUGAUACCGUUACUGUUUAAGACUGAUUGAGUUUUAUAGCAUACCAGAAUUUGUUGAUUUUUUAAAAUAACAAUAAAUCAAGUGAUGUUUAUAAAAUUGUUCUGGGUGUGAGCUUUUUCACUGUGCAAUUAAGCUUUGAGUAUACGAUUCUAUGAAGAUUCUCUUGCCAUGCUAAAGUCAAUAGCACAAAACCCAUUUGUGCACAUCGCCCAAAGUUUUAAUAAAAGGCGCCCAGAAAUUGUAACCCUCCCCUAUAAAACGUGGGCCCAUAAAAUUAUGGCCCACCCCAAAUGGGCGCCCAAAAAAACACAGCCCUCCCCCAAAAUUUACCAGCCCUCCCCCCCCAAUAGUUAAUGACCGCUCCCUUACCUGAGAAAAAAAGUAGAGCUGUGUUGUUUUCUGUUGACUCGCCAAGUUUAUAGCCAAAAGGGCAUGUUGUGUCGUUCUUCGCAUGAAGUGCUGACAAAAAUGGCGGCUCGGUUGCUCGAGGUAAGAGGUCGUCUUCCUGUAUCAUUCUUUUUCCUGUUUACUUGAAAUGUAGAAUUUCUGCAAACAUUUCCUUUUAAAUUUGUUUGUCAUAAAUAAACUUCGAUUUUUGAGCCAAAAUUUUCUUCUUAGAAAACGCUGAGUUCACGAAACGGCUUCUUCUACGCGAAUACACGGGAGUUGUAAACAAUCCAUCGAGCACAAAACUCCUGCUACAGUAAAUUGAAAAACGCCGUAUUGAAUCCUUCCAAGUCUUUUCUUGCCUUAAAAAAAGUCAGCCCUAGGAUUUUGUCGACUUUUAAAAGAUCGUUCUCUAAAAAAAACGGGAAAAACACCGAGCUCACACAUUAUCCACUCGCUAGGAGGUGAAUAUUGUUGAAUAGUCCGAGAUAGCGAACCAAUCAGAUUGCUUAAAUCACCAAGAUCACUGAGUGUGUAUAUACUAAUGACUAUUAUACUUUGCUAAAAGAAAUCCAAGCAUAAAAAAUUGACCAAUAAUACAAAAUUUGUGGAAGAUGCUAUGUUUAAAAUGAUUAACAACAUAUCAAGCGUAAAUCACGAAACAGAAAUGUAAAAUGAUUGCUCAUAUAGUGUUCAAUGGCGUGACGACAGAGAAUUUGACGAAAUUUUGCAGAUUUUCUUUUAAUAACGCACUUUAAACAAAAGAAAUUUUCACAUGAUAGCUAUUUAAUUUCAAAAACUAGUAAUUGUUACAAUUUGGUCAAGUUGAGUUAAAAAAUUAGGAUUUCCUAAUUGUAACAUUCAUGAGGAAAUCUAGUGGUUUCAUUUGCGGAAACCUAAAAAAUGGAAAAAAAUAGGCUUUUUGCAAAACAUCCUUCUCGCCAUGGUAACGAUCAAAAUCUUACGUCUAAAAUGACAAAUUUGUCGUCCUUAGUAUAAAUGUUAUCUGUCCAUACCAAAUAUGAGCCUUAUACCAUAACGAAUCUUGAAUGACACUCCCAUCAUCAAACUGUUUUCAACCACCUUGAUUAAUUGUGGCUUUUUUAGUAAAUUGUUCCAUUUAAUGUUUUUUACUCUAUCCCUUGUAAUUCCUUUAUACAGCAAGUGUGGAUUGGCCGAAAAGGUGAUUCAAAGUGUUGGCAAAUGAAGACAGAUACUGGAACGAUAGAAGAGGGGCCGGACUGUAACGACCAAAAGAACUAUAUUUGUGAAAUGCCAGCGUCAGUAACAAGUACGUUUUGUAUCAUCCACAUCUAGAAGGUUACACUUAGCAUGUUAGUGCACAAAUAGGCUAUGCUCAAUAUGAGAGCCCUGGACAACACUAUUCUACUUAGCUAAUUAUUUAUUCAUACGGCAACAACCAUAUAAGACGUUGUAUAAAAAUUAUUGCUUUUUCUCUAAAAUUGGGCGAAAUGUGCAUUAUGUUUUUCCUUUUAGACUUUCGUUUAGUAUUUUCGGGUUAAAGUCUAUCAAAUUUUAGUGAAUAGCUUCCAAUAUGAUAAAAGCUCCGCUUCUAGGCUUGUCUAUAAGCUAUAUUUUCACCCUUUUGCCCCCGACUUUGAGGUAAGUGACCUUGUCAGCGAGAUACUCGAUGGUUUUAAAAACUUCUAUCUUUAAUUCUGCAUUUAUCUUUAGGUACUGUUUGUUAUGAGUACCCUAGCAGCAAUUCAUCUGUUCCCAUUACAGUCAACUGUACAUUUCCAGAAAACCUUUGUUUCAAAUACGACAAUACAACGGCAAGCGGCGAACAAAUCACCAUUCAAGGCUGUAUAUCCGCUGAUCAAUGCCAACAAUUAGAAGAUCAACAUUUACACUGUUGUGAAGGACAUCUGUGUAAUAGUAGUAAGUAUGAUGGACACAAAAAAGUUUAA